AUGUUGGAACAAGGUGUAAGCAGAAUUUAUGGAGAGGUACCUGAAGCCUCCAAUGGCACUCAAAACUUUGAUGAUGAUGGCCAUGUCAAAAGAACUGGAACUAUGUGGACUGCAAGUGCUCAUAUAAUAACAGCUGUUAUUGGGUCUGGAGUGCUGUCUAUGGCAUGGGCUAUUGCUCAGCUUGGUUGGAUUGCUGCUCCUUCUUCAUUGAUUCUGUUCUCUGUGGUAACCUAUUACACCUCCGGUCUUCUGGCUGCUUGUUACCGUACUGGAGACCCAAUCACCGGCAAUAGAAACUACACUUACAUGCACGCUGUUAGAUCCCACCUAGGUCGUAUGAAUGCAAACUUCUGUGGAUGCGUUCAGUAUGCGAACCUUUUCGGAGUGGCAAUCGGGUACACCAUUGCAGCUUCCAUAAGCAUGAUGGCCGUUAAAAGGUCUAAUUGUUAUCACAAUAGCGGAGGAAAAGAUUCAUGCAAAAUGAACAGCAGUGUGUAUAUGAUUUCAUUUGGAAUUGCUGAAAUUGUAUUAUCCCAAAUUCCAGAUUUCGACCAGUUCUGGUGGCUCUCUAUCGUGGCUGCUGUCAUGUCUUUCACAUACUCUGCAAUUGGACUUGGUCUUGGAAUUGCUAAAGUUAUAGGAAACCGAAUGGUUAAAGGAAGCUUAACUGGUGUAAGUAUUGGUGUUGUCUCAGAAACCCAAAAAAUAUGGAGGACCUUCCAAGCUCUCGGUAACAUAGCCUUUGCCUACUCUUACUCAAUGAUCCUUAUAGAAAUUCAGGACACGAUCAAAUCACCUCCUGAAGAGUCAAAGACAAUGUCGAAGGCUACUUUAGUGAGUGUAUUGGUGACAAGCAUUUUCUAUCUGCUAUGUGGUGGUUUUGGCUAUGCAGCUUUUGGAGAUUCAAGCCCUGGAAACCUGCUAACUGGUUUUGGCUUCUAUAACCCAUAUUGGCUCCUCGACAUAGCCAAUGUUGCCAUUGUUGUCCACCUUGUUAGUGCAUACCAAGUUGACUGCCAGCCGCUGUUCCGAUUUAUUGAAAAAGUGGCAGCACAAAAAUUCCCAGACAGUGAUUUUAUAACGAAGGAGUUUGAAGUACGAAUCCCUGGUUGCAAACCCUUCAAGCUCAACCUUUUCAGAUUGGUUUGGAGGACAAUUUUGGUGAUCUGCUGCACUGUCAUAGCAAUGUUGCUACCAUUCUUCACUGACAUUGUGGGGCUUAUUGGUGCCAUUGCAUAUUGGUCACUGACCGUGUAUUUCCCAGUGGAGAUGUAUAUAGUUCAAACUAAAAUACGAAAAUGGAGCACAAAAUGGAUAGGCCUGCAGAUGCUUAGUGCUGCAUGCUUCGUCUUGGCAAUGGUAGCUGCAGUAGGUUCCAUUGCUGGAGUUCUUGAUGAUCUUAAAGUUUACAAGCCAUUCAUGACCGAUUACUAG